GACGAAUCGGGGGCGCGGCGCUGCGGUGCGCGGCGAAGAUGGCGGCCUCCGGCUGGGCGCGCGCGGCCCUGUGCCUUCUUUGCGCCUCUGAUCUGCUGCUGUUGCUGCUGCUUCCUCCGCUGGGGUCCUGCGCUGCUGAUAGCCCGGCCGGGACGCCCGGAGACGCUGCCCCUCCUCCGCGGAAGAAGAAGGACAUUCGAGAUUACAACGAUGCGGACAUGGCGCGUCUUCUGGAGCAGUGGGAGAAAGAUGACGACAUAGAAGAAGGAGAUCUCCCAGAGCACAAGCGACCCUCAGCACCUGUUGACUUCUCACAGAUAGACCCAGGCAAGCCAGAAAGUAUAUUAAAGAUGACGAAAAAAGGAAAGACUCUGAUGAUGUUUGUCACUGUAUCAGGGAGCCCCACUGAGAAGGAGACAGAGGAGAUCACCAGCCUGUGGCAGGGCAGUCUGUUCAAUGCCAACUACGAUGUCCAGAGGUUCAUCGUGGGAUCAGAUCGUGCUAUCUUCAUGCUUCGUGAUGGGAGUUAUGCCUGGGAGAUCAAGGAUUUUUUGAUCAGUCAAGACAGAUGUGCUGAUGUCACUCUAGAGGGACAGGUAUACCCUGGCAAAGGAGGAGGAAGCAAAGAUAAAAAUAAAACAAAACAAGAGAAGGGCAAAAAGAAGAAGGAAGGAGAUCCAAAAUCACGGGCUUCCAAGGAAGACAAUCGAGCUGGAAACAAACGAGAAGACCUUUAACAGAGCACCUGCACUCCAAGAAGGAGCUGAUAAGACAUGGAGACCUUGCCAUGUCAUGGGCGGGGCUGGGUGCAGGGAACUGCAUAUUGGAUGACAUCCUUAUUUCUUCUAGAAAGGGUCUGCUACGUGACCAGUUUGUGGUCACUAAAAGAAUUACUAUUCUAAAGGCUUCCAGUAUGAGGACAAAGCUUUUCUAAUGAUAGUGGACACUGACAAAUUUAUGUUUACUGUAAAAUCACCCUCUGUGGAAACUUGACCUUGUUGCUUUUUCCCACAUACAGCCGGGGCAUCAUCGACCCCAGAGGUGCCAUACCCUUUCAUGGCACCUGCUGUGAUCCAGUGGCCUGAUGUGUCCAUGCUUCUGAUUUUCUAUCAGUCAGAAAGAUGGCAUGUUCAAAUCAGACAAGCCUUGAAAAUACUUAAUUGAGUCAAACUGUUCAUGCUGCAGUCAUCAUUUUCAUUGCAGCAAAGGCAGAACGUGCUGUGGGAAUCAGGCAGCCAAUUCUGGUAUCUAGACAUAUAACCAGGAAGCCAGGGUAUGUAAACCCAAUCCAUGCCAGAAAUGCGAGAACAGAAAACAAUGCCACUUGGAAAUCCUAAGUAGUUAUCUUUCUUUGACUGGGUCCCUCACAGCAGUUAAAGAGAACUUUUGCUAUCUAUCAGGUUUUAUGUGGUUGUAAAGUGAGGGGAUCUGUUCUGUUCCAUUAGCUACAGAAGAGCAAGGUUAGUGUGGAGGGCUCAUGUUCUACUUAAUCUGACAUUUAUAAUGUGUACAGGUUGGACCAGCAGAGUCCCUUGCAGGGUAUGGCAGAAGACUUGACCUCAUUUACAGUAUUUUUGGACAUUUUUCUUUGAAAAAGUGCCUAAACUUGUGGUAGUUUUGUAUGGUACUAAUAUGAUGUGCUUCUAUUCAUGUCUGAUUUUUUGCUGUUCAUAUGUUGGAGCCUACUCUGAAGAAGAGUUAGAACAUUUAUAUAUAGAUGUCAUUUUUAAGAACUAAAAUUCUUUGGGAGGAAAAAACCUCAAUUAUGAUUUUAAGGAAUUUAAACUAGCACAUGUACAUGCUUAGAAACAUCACUGUUAAAGAAUUGUACAAUGUGCAAAGUAUAUCUCAACCCUGCUGCCAGUAACUUGUUCCCAGUGGAGCUACUGUUAAUAAUUUGUUUCCAAAAAGAAAAAGUAUGUUUCCCA